UGUUAUCAAUAGGUCCGCGGUUACACUGCUGUCGCAAAACUUAUAAAUUGUUCUCUUCAAAAUUUUUAAAAACACCGCAUAUCAAAAUAUACAUAAACCUAAAUAAUAUUGUGGGCAAAUGUGACAGUGCUGUAGUUAGAGUAGUUUUAGGGCACAAUCAAUCGGGGUGCUGCAUAUGCUGUAUGAAUACAAAUAAUGCGAAGUUCUGGAAAGGGGAAAGCAGAGUCCUGUGAAAUGUGAAAUAAAUAUAUGCGAAUAAUUUAUGUAAUACAGUGCGUUUCAACACACAAAAAUAGAAACGGGAACUAGUGAAAACGAGAAAAACUCCACCAACAAAACAAAACAGUAUUCGUUUGUAAUCAUCAUAUUCUUUUAUUGCAAAAAGUAUUAGUUAAUGUAAUAUAGGAUGCUACCCAGUUUUGAUACCUUAAUGCGUUGCUCGAAGCGCGUUCUGCAAUCGCCACUGGAGGCGACUGCGACGGCCAAUCUCCAGAUGCGGAAUGGCCACAGCAAGGCCCCGGCCGGUGGCCUCUACGGCCCCUUCACGCCCGACAAUGAUCUCAGCUGCUCCGGACGGGGGGACUGCGUCAACAAUACCUGUGUCUGCGACAUCCGGUAUGCCGGCGACGAGUGCAACUUCUUCAAUCUGCCGUACUAUGCCGGCAUCUCCACCGUCUUCUAUGUGGUGGCCCUCGUCUCUGUCAUCCAGCUGCUCAUCUGCAUUGUGGCCGAGUACCAGCGCCUCAAACAGCCCUCGGUCCUCAGGGCUUGUCGCAUCACCACCCAGAAGCUGCUCUACUUUAUGGUCUUCGUGGCGGCCUCGUUGCGUGGAGCCUACUUCACCACUCCGUUGGAUCUACAGCCUCAAUGGGCCGUAACCCUGAUGUCCGCUUAUUACCCAUUGCUCAUGACCUGCGCCUCCCUGAUCGUCUGCAUGUGGGCCGAGAUCUUUCACCUGCGCGAUAUUCGCUGGGAGAAGUCGCAGUUCCUUUCGAAGAGUUUCCUCGGCUUUGUGGCCUUCAACUUCUUCCUGUACAGCCUGUUUGGCAUAGAGGUGUUCAGCUCGCUGAUCAACGCGGAGCGGCGGGACUACGCGCACAUAUUCAAUGGCUGCUAUGCGGUAUUACUGCUGAUCGUGGUCGUCUUCUUCCUCAUCUACGGCGUGGAGGUGUUCUUCAAGCUGCGCGGCGGCUUUGUCUACGACCAAACGGGCAAGAUCCUGGGGCCCAGCGAGGCGAUCGUGAACGCCUCACAGCUCCACCAAUCCCGCUUCGGACUCCUCAGUCAGGCCGUUAUGCUCAUCGUGAUUGUCGGCUUUCUCACCUCCGAAACUCUGGGCGAUUUCUGGAAGACCAAGGUUCCUGUGAACUCUCGCAACUGGCAUGACAUCAUUUUUCGUAUUGCUGAGAUCGGCGUUGCUCUGUGGUUCCCCUGCUGCCUGUGGAACUCGAUGGCGCCCGAACAGCUCUGGAUACUGAAUCCGCGCAAGCUGCUCUCGCGCCAGAUUGAUCCGUCGAUACCCACUCUGAAUGCCGACACCAAUAAGCUCUCGCCCGAGGAGGGUCAGUCGUUCCUGGCGAAAAAGGAUUGCUGGAUAUGCUACGACAAUGACAAGCCCGAGCCUCUAAUCCAGCCCUGCCGUUGCACCGGCGACGUUAGCUCUGUCCACCACGAGUGCCUCAAGCGCUGGCUGGUCGAGAGCUGCAGCAAAACGGAGGCCCAGCUGUCCUGCAAGGUGUGUGGCCAUCCCUACGAGAUUGAAAAGUCCAAAAAACUAGAGUGGGACAAGGGCUUCACCAUCCAACACUGGUCCAAGACAGUGAUACUGAUCACACUGAUGUGCGUGACGGGUGCCACCGCCUGGGUUGUUAUCCAAAUGUACGUGGACCCCCUGGUGCGGGUCAUGACAGUCGGCGUAGCCGUCCUCAUUGGCUAUGUGUGUGUCAAGUGUCUGGGCGAGAACACCGUGGUUGCCUAUCAACGUGCCAAAGUGAGCUCGAUUAACAUUGUGACCAGCUCGGAGAUGGAGAAGCUCCACACCAUAUGCGAGGAUGUCAGCUCCGCCAGUACAUCGGCAGCCGCAGCACCGACUGGCGCUGCCUCUUAAUGGUAGAGCGCGUGACAGCAGACGAGAGAGAGAGAGAGCGAGAGAGAGAGUCUAUGCCAUAAGGAACCACAUCAGCCACACAUCGGCAGCGCAGAUCAGCAGAACUUACAGACAUUAUUACUUACUUAUUGUAUCUAGUUUAUUGAUUUUACUAUUUUUUUUUUUAUUUAUUUUGCUGGUUACAAUUUUUCUAUUUUUUUGUAUUUUUUCAGUCAAUUUACGUUCCACGUAGUACACACAGGCAGCCAGCCAAGUCGUUAUCGUGUUUUUGGUUCUCCAAUCCAUCCCAUCCAUCCAUCCUAUCUUAUAGCCCGUGUUGUAGUCCUCUCACAUUUCCCCCUUAUUUUCUGAUAUGUUUGUCGUCCUAUCACUUUCUACUUUAACUACGCAGCCUCCACCGGGAAUCGAACCCGGGACCGGACGGUUUAUAAUGCGUUUUGCACACGUUUUGCUCAAUGCUCAAUCACAUCACACCCUCCCCCCUCAACCGUGUACAUAGGUUUACGAAAGAAAGGAAAGAAAAAGGAAAACGAAACGAGACGAGACGGUAGCGAAAGCCGUCGGUUUCGAUUACCGAGUCAAUUGUGUCUCUCAAAUUAUCAUGCAGAUUUCCAAAAGCGAAAUGUAUUACAAGAAGCCAAAUAUUAUUAGUCUCUAAGCAUAUAAGCCAGUAUCACUUACAC